AUGUCGAACCUCGCCCGCUACUUAUGCCUCCUCGUGCUCCUACUGAGCCCCCCCGUACGGAGCCGUGGAUACGUGUGCGACUUCUCCGCGUCCAAGUACAACCUGGACUUCGACGACUACUACGCAGAUGUCACGUGCCACCAUGAAAUUGGCCAGGGAGACACCAUCGGAGUGAUCAUCCCCAAAUGGAGAGACGGAAGAGAAAACACCAAUAUAUUAACCCAAUGCUUUGAAGAAGUUUCAUUAAACAAAUCAGGAAACAAUCCAGUGUCCAUAUACAACAUAUUUAACAAGGACGAAAUCCAAGUGUCAGCUUCCAAUUCGCUAUACAAGACAGAAUAUCUAUCAUCAAUUUUAAAAAUAAAAAAUGUGCAGAAAAAUAACUACAUCCAUUGUGUGUUCGAAAAUAGAAAUGAAAAAAACAAGGAAAUCCACAAAGGAGUGGCAAAAAUUGCAGUAAAAAAUUACCCACUUCAAAAUGAAAAUUUAAGCAACAAACACGUCGUUGACUUGUAUAACCAACUGAAUUUAACUGAGGACAAUUCGAAUACCAAGUACACAGUCACAGCUCAACCGGGACAUAUACUCUACAUACUGGGGACCACACUCCCCAAUGGAAAAAACGUGUACUUUGGCAAAGACUGUCCUCUCCAUUUUGAACACAUAGGAGAUAUUUACAAACAUGUGCUCCCAAUCAUUAACGAAGAAGAGGUUGUCUACAACUGUCCCAUGUAUUAUGAUGAGAAGGAAAAAAAAAUUUCCGUAGGAAACUUGAUUGUCACCUUUGAAGCCAAACCUCCAAGUAUAAAAUCCAUCAAUAAGGACAUUUUAAAAAAACUUAUGAAACACGACAUUGAAAAAAAGCUGCAUUCCAUUUUACACGGCACAGAUUACCCCAUGGGCAAUAUGGACAGUGCAGACGGUGACUAUAAUCGAUACAUGGAACAGAGCAUAGGAAUAAACGAGACGCAAACAUCCAACCUUCAAUCCGUUAACCUAGACAAAGAACACUGUAAUAAUGAUGAAUGUAUACAUUUGUUUGAAAACUCAAGUUGCUCUUCCCUUUGUGGAAGUGGAUACAGACUCCGAGAUGGCUAUGAUGUACGCUACGACAUCCAAUCAGUCAUUCCAUGUAACCAUGGGGAUUGUACUCCUGAAGAUGCAGCUGAGCCCUUUGUCAUCUUCGCUUGGACCUCCAUUGUUUUCUUUUGCGUCAUGAUUGCCAUUUUGAUCAUCACCAUUUACUCCCUCCCGCAUGUCAGUAAGCAGAAGGUGGCCGACCCCUUCGGCAACUACGACUCGAAUAUCAAGUUUUCGGACGCGUUGUGA